AUGUAUCGGUGCUCACAAUACGACGCCUCCGAGUAUUUGGUUCAAUGUUUAGAGAGACUACUGACGGCUAAGCUCACUGACAAUCGGCUCCGGCAUAUGGUUGAGAUCAUAUCCGGUAUGCGAGUCAUCAAAAUGUAUUCCUGGGAACAGCCCUUCGCAGACCUCGUGGCUGAGGCACGAAACGUAAAAGGCAAUAUGACCUUGUACUUCCCACAAUCAAUCGCCUUUGGUGCAGAGUUAUUAGAAAGUCCGUAUCCAACGCUUCAGAGCAUUUCAGCUCAUUUAAAACCCGGUGACUUAUUAGCUGUGAUCGGACCCGUGGGGGCCGGAAAGAGCUCAUUAUUGAUGACAAUCCUUAACGAACUGCCGCUUCUGUCGGGGAGUAUAGAAACUGUGGGAUCGAUAAGCUAUGCCUGUCAGGAGUCCUGGAGUUUCAAUAAUAGUGUUCAAAAUAAUAUACUUUUUGGAGCCGAAUAUAAUGAAUCCCGAUAUAAGCGAGUGGUAGAGGUGUGCGCUUUGGAACGAGACUUUGAGAUAUUUCCGUUCGGAGACAAGACAUUAGUCGGUGAGAGAGGGGUAUCGCUAUCGGGGGGACAGAAGGCCCGCAUCACGUUAGCCAGAGCUCUGUACCGGAACUCAGACAUCGUAUUAAUGGACGACCCGUUGAGUGCUGUCGACACUAGUGUUGCCGAACAUAUAUUUGAUAAAUGUAUAGUCGACUACUUGUGCGACAAAAUCCGUAUUCUAGUCACACAUCAAAUCCAAUUCAUACGAAAAGCGACACAAAUAUUGGUUUUGAACGACGAGGGAAAGUGUCUGGGAUUGGGAUCCUAUGAUGAGCUCCAGUCCCGGGGCUUAGACUUCAUGUCUAUUCUCAGCGAUCAGGAGAGGGAAGCGGACGAUAAGGCAGAGCAGAAUAGGGAGGACAGCCACGGCAUUAAAAUAAAAUCCCAGAACACUUUAGUGUCAGAGAAUUUGCCGAUUAAUAACAGAGAUGUGAUUAUCUACUCUUCAAUGAUGGCCGCGCUGUUCAUCGCAUCCCUAUUGAGAGCCAUCACAUGGUUUGUGAUGUUUAUGAGGGCUUCAGUUAAUCUCCACAACACUAUAUUCUACCGUCUAUUACGGGCUCCGAUAUCUGUGUUUGACAGCAACCCAGUUGGCCGUAGUCCAGUGGUUUCACACGUGAGCACUACAUUCAAUGGGUUGGCCAGUGUUAGGGCCUUUGGGGCGCAGGAGAUGUUUGAAAAACAAUUCUACGUCUACCAAGAUGAUCACUCGGCCACCUGGAUGCUCGUCAACACUGCUAGCCGCCUAAUGUUAAUGGGAUUGACUAAUUGGGCGGUCCGACAGUCGGCUGAUGUGGAGAGUCAGAUGGUGUCAGUCGAGCGCAUCAUUGAAUACUCAAAACUACCACAAGAGGCGGCCCUAACAGCACAUGAUAGCCGUAAACCCCCUCCCGAUUGGCCACAGAAGGGAGAGAUAGAGCUCAAGAAUAUAAGUCUAUACUACGAGGGAUCAGACAAACCGGUGCUCAAGAACUUGAGUUGUGUUGUAGAGAGUGGAGAGAAAAUAGGGAUAGUCGGGCGGACGGGCGCCGGCAAGUCGUCCAUCAUAUCAGCGCUGUUUCGUAUGGUUGAGCCAAAGGGGGAAAUAGUUAUGGACGGCAUUAACACGGGAUCAAUAGGUUUGCAUGACUUGCGAUCAAAUGUCUCAAUCAUACCUCAGGAUCCGGUGGUCUUCACGGGAAGUGUCAGAAGAAAUUUGGAUCCUUUUGGCGAAUACAGCGACCAAAGGAUAUGGAGUGCCUUAGAA